CUCAUCCGAUCACAUCUCCACAACAAUAACAGUAAUCGACAGUGUUGCAGGUUAUAAUCGUGCCCGCUUACGUAACAUUUGAGAUUUCGUGCGUACAUAUUGACAGGUUAUGUGUGAGUGUCGCCGUGGUGUACACCCAGGUUUCUAAAUAUGCUUAUCGUAUGCUUGAUAUUAUUAUAAACUAGAAAACCUGUCGGUGUUCCCGCUUACAAGAGAACUGUUUGCUUAUUUCUUAAUUACUUCUAUUUAAUAUUUUGCACUGAAAGUUAUAACAAUCGGCGCUACACGCACACAGCCUCGUUGAGUAUCGGAACACCGGAGCAUUGUAGUAUCUCAUUCAUUCAUACCAAUAGCGACUUUCUUGUAGUGAAAAUAGAGUCGAAAUAGAUAAGCAGCGUCGGUACUACUGAAAAAUGAAUAGAACCAAAUAGUGAUGAGAGGCUGCGUGUGAGAUCACGCCGCGUAACUUGGGAGCUUCUCGGCGAGUGAAUUGCAUAAAAAUGGCUUCUGAAAAAGAGAAAAUGGCCGCCGAAACGAAAUCGCCCUCUAACAAGAGCAACUGCACGUCGCCAGGAAAAAAAGGUGACAAUGACGAGCAUGGCCUGCCCGCACAGAAGGACAAGGGGUGUGACACCAAUCUUUACCUAUAUCAUGAAGAAAUCGAGGACAGACCACGAGCGGCAACAUUCCUCAGCUCUCUGGCAGACUACUCGAAUACCAUCCCUACGGCGUCUGCUGCGGACCCUGAUGCUGUUAAGCCGGCACCCCCAGCCCGUAUGGGCACGCUCAUCGGUGUCUACCUGCCUUGUAUCCAAAACAUCUUCGGCGUCAUCUUAUUCAUCCGUCUCACCUGGGUUGUGGGAACUGCGGGCGCUAUACAAGGAUUCCUGAUCGUACUUACAUGCUGUUGUACAACGAUGCUCACAGCGAUAUCUAUGUCAGCGAUUGCAACUAACGGCGUGGUACCGGCAGGCGGAUCUUACUUCAUGAUAGGCCGAUCGUUGGGUCCUGAAUGCGGAGGUGCUGUUGGUAUGCUAUUCUACACCGGCACAACGCUGGCAGCUGCUAUGUACAUCGUCGGUGCUGUCGAGAUUGUUCUGACGUACAUGGCACCCUGGCUGUCAAUAUUCGGCGACUUCACCAAAGAUCCAGAGGCAAUGUAUAACAACUUCCGAGUCUACGGAACCGGUCUAUUGCUUGUAAUGGGCAUGGUGGUGUUUGUGGGAGUCAAGUUCGUCAACAAGUUCGCGACCAUUGCUCUAGCUUGUGUAAUACUCUCCAUCACCGCUGUUUACGCUGGAAUCUUCGUCAAUUUCAAUGGAAACUCCAAUCUGCAAAUGUGUAUACUCGGAAAACGAUUAUUAAAAGACAUCCAUAUCAGCAAUUGCACUAAGGCGCCGAAAGGAGAACUGGAACAAUUAUUUUGCCCUAACAAGACCUGCGAUCCUUACUAUGCCGCUCACAACGUCAGCAUCGUUCAAGGCAUCAAGGGUCUGUCCAGUGGAGUUUUCUUCGACAACUUACAAGAUUCAUUUUUGCAACUUGGCCAAUAUAUUGCCUAUGGAAAGGAACCUGAUGAUAUAGAACAAAUGGAGAGACCGACGUAUAAUCAAGUGUAUGCCGACCUUACGACUACAUUUACCAUCCUUAUUGGCAUCUUCUUCCCGUCUGUCACUGGUAUUAUGGCCGGCUCUAAUCGUUCCGGCGACUUGGCUGACGCUCAAAAGAGCAUACCUAUUGGUACAAUUUGCGCUAUCCUUACCACUUCAGUAGUGUACUUGUCGUGUGUGCUGCUAUUCGCCGGCACCGUGGACAAUUUGUUGCUACGAGACAAAUUCGGCCAAUCAAUCGGUGGGAAACUAGUGGUAGCCAACAUGGCUUGGCCGAACCAGUGGGUGAUCUUAGUGGGCUCGUUCCUGUCUACUCUCGGAGCUGGUUUGCAAUCGCUGACAGGUGCUCCACGUCUUCUACAAGCCAUAGCGAAAGAUGAAAUCAUUCCAUUCUUGGCACCCUUCGCCGUUUCGUCUAGCAGGGGUGAACCUACCAGGGCCCUGCUUCUAACAAUGGCGAUCUGCCAAUGCGGUAUCCUGCUUGGCAAUGUAGACAUCCUCGCGCCGCUGCUAUCCAUGUUCUUCCUUAUGUGUUACGGGUUCGUGAACCUCGCCUGCGCAUUGCAGACCCUUCUUAAAACUCCUAACUGGCGUCCUAGAUUCAAAUACUAUCACUGGUCAUUGUCGUUGGCGGGGCUGACGCUGUGCAUCUCGAUCAUGUUCAUGACUUCUUGGUUCUAUGCACUCAUCGCUAUGGGUAUGGCCGGGCUCAUCUACAAGUACAUUGAGUAUCGCGGAGCUGAGAAAGAAUGGGGUGAUGGUUUACGUGGUCUGGCCUUAUCAGCCGCACGUUACUCUCUAUUGCGUCUGGAACAAGGCCCGCCGCAUACGAAGAACUGGAGGCCGCAGGUGCUUGUGCUGGCCAAGCUCAACAAUGAACUUCAACCCACUUACAGGAAAAUGCUCGCUUUUGCUAGUCAACUUAAAGCCGGUAAGGGUUUGACGGUGUGCGUGUCGGUGGUUCCGGGUGAUUUCACUCGUCGCGCUGGAGAAGCGUCUACCGCGCGACAGAACCUGCGCAAGUGUAUGGACGAGGAGAAGCUCAAGGGAUUCGUUGAUGUGCUCGUUACACCUACUAUAUCUGAUGGGCUCAGCCAUUUCGUCCAAACCUGUGGCCUCGGAGGUCUGAAACCGAAUACGGUGAUCGUGGGGUGGCCAUACGGCUGGCGACACUCUGAAGAGCUGGAGGCGAGCAGUCUCCCGAAGUGGCACGGCUUCCUGCACACCGUGCGAGCGGUCACCGCCGCCAGGAUGGCAAUGCUAGUGCCCAAAGGGAUUAACUUCUUCCCUGAUUCCACUGAGAAGAUAUCAGGCAACAUUGACAUAUGGUGGAUCGUGCACGAUGGCGGCAUGUUGAUGUUGCUCCCGUUCCUGCUCAAACAACACCGGACGUGGAAGAACUGCAAGAUGCGCAUUUUCACUGUAGCGCAGAUGGAGGACAACUCGAUUCAGAUGAAAAAGGAUCUGAAGAUGUUCUUGUACCAGCUACGUAUCGAGGCUGAAGUGGAAGUUGUUGAAAUGACCGAUAGCGAUAUAUCCGCAUAUACCUAUGAACGCACCUUGAUGAUGGAACAACGUAACCAAAUGCUACGGGAACUAAGACUCAACAAAAAGGAAACACUCGGCAUGAUGCAAAAUUUCGUGGACUAUCGUGAAAACGCUGAGGAGAAGUUGCCUCUGGUGCAAGCGAUAGUGGACCAUCAUCACGCUGAUGUAAAAACGGCCAGUAAGGUCCGGUUUGCGGAGCCGGGCAGCGGGGGAGGGGAGACCGCGGACGACGCGCCCUCCCCACCACUCACCGACACGGAUGAUAAGGACAAGGAUAAGGACGACAAGUGUGAGGGAGGGAACUCGCCGCCGCCAGAACCCGAAAAGCACAAGGAGAACAACCCUAAUGGAGACGCCAUCAAGCCAAAGCCCAACAUGUCCGAUAUCACACCUGACGAGGGUACAGUACGGCGGAUGCACACAGCAGUUAAACUGAACGAGGUGAUCGUGACACGCUCCCAUGACGCACAACUAGUCAUUCUGAACUUGCCCGGCCCUCCCAGGGACACCAAGUUCGAAAGGGAAUCCAACUACAUGGAGUUCCUGGAGGUGCUGACUGAGGGUCUGGAGAAGGUGCUGAUGGUGCGUGGUGGUGGUCGCGAGGUGAUCACCAUCUACUCGUGAACGCGUCCCCGCCCCUCCACCCUCACCCCCACACUCGAAACGUUAGUGGAAGUCGCCGUACUUGUCGGCGCCCUUAUGAAAAGUCUUUGUGAUUCUAUUAUAACUGUUAGUGCUCUAUUUUGAACAAUCGAAUGAUUCGAGUUCGUAUCUCGUUAAACGUUUUGUAUAAUUAACGGUCGCAUAAUCGCUCUCGAAAGACUGCCGAGACGGACGUUACGUUCCAAUUUGUUUAUAAAUAUUGUAUUUUCUUACGAUUACUAUAUUAUAUUGACGUUCGUUUGACUGUAAAUGUUAGCUUAGUUCUAAACGUUCUGUUGAAUUUGCUGUUUAGGGAGACGUUGUUUUGAAAUUUAUUCACUGUUGUAUAGAUAUGUAUGAAUAAAUGUAUGUAUGGAUCUAAUGAGGAGCCUUAAACUGUCGGUCGUUAGCUCUAAGUUUGUUUUUGUUACGUACCUAGACUAGAUACUUGACUAGAGACUUGAAUUAAUUUAGGUAUCUAAGUGAUUCUUUGGGUACCGAUAUGUCAUAUUCAUUUGAUUUUGUAGUAUGAUAGCCCGUCGCGAUUGCUCUAUUUUUAAUUUGUUUUUCUAAAAGUAUUAAAGAAUGUAGACACUUUGUAAGCAUAUACAUUAUUAAAGAAACCAUAAAGAUUUUAUUCUACUUAUAUAAAAAUGUAUUUUGUAAGUAAUUAUUUUGUUCUAAGAUUUUUACAUCUGCUCAACUCAAAACUUACCGUGGGACUGAAGGAUUAAAAUUCUACUUCAUUGUAUCCCAACAGGUGAUUUAAUGAACUUAUUAAAUCAAUUUAUAGUUCUAGUCACUUUGACUAUAUUAUAUACCUAUCUAGAACGAAAAUUAUGAAAAAAAGAAUGAAAAACAAAAAAUAAUCUAUUUCCUCUAUAUCUUAUUAGCCUUUUAUCAAUUAUUUCAUUUAAAUCAGUUGUAUUUAAACCUCCACCGGGUUCUAUAAUGAUUAGAUUCAAAUAUCGUAAAAUAAAUACUAUCCAAUAUGCAGUCUUGCCUAUGAAAUAUAGGUUCGUAGAAAAUUAUUAAUAAGGUAACGCUAACGAUAAUUUUCAUAUUAUAAUUAUAGUAUUCUUCAUAAUGCAGUUUAUCAAAAUUCAUAACUUUAUAAAAUUAAAUUUUUAUUGCUGUCUUCGUUCUGUAUUCCGAGUCUGAGCUAAUUAAUGUCAUUAACACGUACAUACAGACUAUCUCUAAAUAUUUGUAGUAUUUACUGAUUAUUAAAUAGUAAUAAUAAAUCGAGUAGGUACCUAAUGAUACUUAGUAUUUUCUUCAGUUAGCUCAGAUUCACCCUUUUAUGUUACCAUACAUCUAAACUAAUGACACCAAAUGGCAUUAUACGUAGAUAUAAGUAUCCGUUCCAUAACUCUACAAAAGAAUGUAUUAUGUCAAAACGUAGUGAAUACGUUGUAAAGAACGGAAUGUCAAUUUUUAUUUCCAUUGUAUUUCCAUUACCAAAAAUUUUAAUCUAACUGUUCAAGGCCAGAUUCGUUCCACGCAGACAUCGUGGAAUAUAAUUUACUUACUAAAAGCGAAGAACUUGUUAAAAUCAAUUUAAUAAUGAUUUGGACUUAAAUAAGACGAUUUUUAUUUUUGGUAAAGGUGUAAGUCUAAGAAUAAUUAUAUUUCUAAUUCUUAAUAAAGAGUGUUAGGUAACUGCCAAAUAGGAAUCGAUGUUGUAAAAUAUCCUAGUCUGUAAGUGAAGUACCUAAUUAUAAUUAACUUCAUUGUUCAGAAUUCAUAUUAAUUAGAUCAUAGAUCUAAUAAUUAUCAGGGCCGUCUUAAGCAUAAUAGCACCGGGGUACAAAUAUAGGCACCUUAAAUCCUUAGCCCCUUGCUCUCAAAUUGAGAUUUUUUCAAAGGUAAGAUGGAGGAAUUACGUUCUGCUCUAAAUCUGAUAGCCGGCUACCCUCCAAACAUAUAUUUUUUGCGACUAGGGUUCAUGAUUCAGGAACAUCCAAAGAACUUCUGAAUUUGGAAUUUGUAAGAGCAACUUUCAAAAUAAAUAAAUCUGAGCCCGGCUAACACUCAUCUCCUCCGCACUUGGAUUAAGAAGAGCCUGUUAAUUGUAAGAGGAGUCUAGUGCAUGAUAUCACUAUAAUGUUUACUAGGUAGCGUACAUAACAUAGUGUACCAUAGAUAAAGCAUUUAUCAAUUUAUAAUCGUAAAUAAAGUGGUUACGUUGCAUUAUUCAUAGAGCUAUUGACAAUACUCGUGAUUUGUGGUUCUAUGUAACUUAUAUUCCAAUUCCAUAUUUCACAUCAUGUCGUUUAAAGGUUACAAACUUAAGUCCAACUUCAGUUGCUUAACAACUUCCAUUGUUAUUUAUAGCUUGAUGAAUAAGUAUUGAUUAGAUGUAGAUCCUGGAAACAU